AGCAGCGGGGGAGCGGAGCGAGUGUGGAGGCACACAUUGAAUGAAAGUCAGUGACCAACACAAACUGCACACUGUCGGCACCCGGUGAGGCCGUGGCAGCUGAAACGCGCUCUCACGUUGGCAAAAGGAGAGGUCGGAGACAUCCCAGGAAGAGGAAGGUGAGAGGGAUUCGCAUUAGCCGGGCUCUCAUUCACCAAGAAUUUCUGGUUAGACAGGACCGGGUGGUGAGAGGCAAUGCAGCGGGUCACGGCGCCGAUCGUCGCCGGGCUGGUCGCCGCGGUGCUGUCGCUGCUGUCCGAGCAGUGCUGGGCGGACGGCGGGGGCCCGAGCCUCGCUGAGCGGGUCAUCUGGGCUGUGAAUGCCGGGGGGGAGUCGCACGUAGACGUGCACGGUAUUCACUUCAAAAAGGACCCUUUAGAAGGGAAGAUUGGCAAAGCAUCUGAUUAUGGGGUGCGACUUCCAAUACUUCGAUCGAGUCCAGAGGACCAGAUCCUGUACCAGACAGAGCGCUACAACGAAGACACCUUUGGAUAUGAUAUACCGAUCCGUGAGGAGGGCGAUUAUAUACUAGUAAUGAAGUAUGCAGAAGUUUACUUUGCUCAGUCACAGCAAAAGGUGUUUGAUGUCCGUCUAAACGGCCACGUAGUGGUGAAGGACCUGGAUAUCUUUGAUCGAGUGGGUCACAGUACUGCACAUGAUGAGAUCGUGCCCUUCUCAAUUCGACGUGGCAAGCUGAGCGUGCACGGAGAGGUGUCCACUUUCAACGGCAAACUCACCGUUGAGUUUGUGAAGGGUUAUUACGACAACCCCAAGGUCUGUGCGCUCUACGUGAUGAAGGGGACGUUAGAAGAUGUACCAAAACUUCAGCCUCACCCCGGCUUGGAGAAACACGAGGAAGAGGAGGAGGAAGAGGAAGACAGCGAAGGAGGCGAGGAAGGUGGGAAGAAAAAAGUCCCGGCGGGUUCCAAGUACAGGGUCCAGUCGGGCCCCCGAACACCAAACCCAUAUGCAGCAGACAACAGCAGCCUGAUGUUCCCCAUCCUCGUUGCGUUCGGGGUGUUUAUCCCCACCCUGUUCUGCCUCUGCCGGCUGUGAGACAAACCCAGCAGCCGAGGAGACGCCAGGAGGACCAUUAAGUGA